CCAGCGCUAGACCCUGUCGCGCGAGAGCGCGCCGAGCGUUCCUCGUCUGCUUUUGAGUCGAUUCAAACACUAGCCCCUGUCACGCGACAGCGCGCCGAGCGCUCUUCGUCUUCAGCGGGUCCGGAAGCCUUUGACGAUGGACUCGCGGAAAGACGAGGGGAAGCGGUAGAGCGCGGGGAAGCUUGCGGGGAAGCAGAAGGGGGAGGGGGAAAGGGAGGGGAAAGACCACGGGGACAUUCCGCGGAGGUGUCUUCCGCAAGCGGAGAUUCCGUGUCAAGCUACCGCCCGUACGAGACUCCCCCACCCAUUCAACGACGCCCGUACGACGCCCCACGUGGCGAUUGCUUCAACCAAUGGCGAGCUGUUCGCCCUCCGGAGUCUCACCUCCCCCCCGACUCCCUCCCAGAUGCUCUCCGCCGCUUCCCCCGCCGCCCCUGCCGCUGGGCUCCCGUCCCCCCCUUCGCUAUUGUCACUACCGGGAAGCGUGACAGAGGGAGGCGAGAGGCAAGAGGGCAGGGGAGGGGGAGAGGUACGGGUGGAUAUGGAUAGAGCGAGGGAGGGGAGACGGGGAGAUAGCGGGGAGGCGCAAGGGGGCGUCGGGCAAGGGGCUAUAUUGCAACGGUGGAGAGAGGGGAUGACUGGUGGCGAAGCGGCCUGUUCUGCUGACUUACCGCCAGAAGCAGCAACGGGAGCAGGAGCAGGAACAGGAGCCGCAGCAACAGAGGCGGAAGGCACAGCAUCAGGAGUAACAGGUGCAGGAGCAGCAGCGGCAGGCGCAGCAGCUGCAGGCGCAGCAGCACCAGCGGCAGCGGCAGUAGAGUCAGCAGCAGAGGCAGCUAGUGACGCAGCGGGGGAAGCAGCAGCCAUGGCGAUCAUCGGCGCAGGAGGGGGGGGGCGAGCAGUGCGACCAGCCACGGCAGCGGAGGGAGGGCCGCAUGCAGGCUCAGGUUCCCCUGCUGCCGCCAAUGGUGCUGAUGGUGCUGAUGGUGGUGAUGGUGGUGGUGCUGGUGAAGGGGGAGAGGAGGGGGAGGGGGAGGGACGGUGACGCGGGGGUCGGACAUGCACCUGGCGGCGAGGAGUCUGGAGCAGGCUGUGCCGUUCGUGUUCCUGCUGCUCUUCGUGCAAGUCAGACAGCACCUCGUCGGUUUCUGCACGGUCGUGUGGCUCACCGCGGCCCUGUUCAAAUCCAACGACUUCAUCCGCAAGCAGGGCGCGCUCAAGGCGGAACGCAAUCCUGUCUUGCUGGCGCUCGCCGCUGUGCUGCUGCUUGCACACGUGGCAGUUGUCAAUUGGCUCUUCUGGCCCGAGCAGCUAUGGAGGCCGCUUUUGCUCAUCCCUCCUGCUGAGGUCCCCCCUUUCUGGCACGCGCUCUUCAUUAUAGUCACAAAUGACAUCCUCGUUCGCUUCAUGGCAAUGGCAGUCAAGUGCGCCAUUCUCAUUGCGCACCGCCACAGCAAGGGACUCAACAACCGCCAGCAGGCUCAAGUUCUAACCCUCAUAGAGUACACCUCUUUGCUCUACCGCGCCUUCGUCCCGGCGCCCGUGUGGUACCGCUUCUUCCUCAACGACGAGGCGUAUGGCCGCCUUACCGCGUCCCUCACUGCCGGGCUCUACCUCACCUUCAAGCUCUCCACUGCACUCGACAGGGUGCUUCUCUUUGUGUCGGCUGUCCGGCAAGCGGUGGGGAAGGGGGAGCAGUACGGCACAGAAGCCACACCCGAAGAGGUGGCGGCAGCAGGCAGCAUGUGCGCCAUAUGCCAGGAGCACAUGACCGGGCCUGUCACACUGCGAUGCCGCCACGUCUUCUGCGACGAAUGCGUCUCCGAAUGGUUUGAGAGGGAGCGCACGUGUCCGCUGUGCCGCAUGGUGGUGAAGCCAGCAGGGCUGCGCUCCUUCAGUGACGCCAACACCAGUCUGCUUGCGCAGCUGUUCUGAUUACUGCUUGCCAUUAGAUUGGAUCGGAUGAGCUUCCAGGACUCUGCGCAACACGUGGUGUGGCUGGCAGCGCAAGCCGCACCAUCAGCUCAGCAAGCUGCGCAACAUCCUAGUCUUGACCGAUAGACACUGUUUUAGAAGUACUAGGUCACCAAGGGAAGCUUAUCGGC